UCGACCAAACCUCCCACCUCGCCGCCCGAUCCGACCCGUCGGCGACCCGCCGCCGCUCUCGAACGUCGCCGAUCCACGGUGCAGAUCCCGCACGAGGUUUGCUCACCUCAUAGGCUCGCGGGCGCAGGACUGCCACGCCUAGCCGGCUCUUGAAUUUUAGCGCACGCGGAUCUGGUGGGUGCUGCUGCCUCGGCAAUGUCGAGGGUCCGGGACAGGACGGAGGACUUCAAGGAGUCCGUUCGCGUCGCCGCGCUCUCCCAUGGCUACACGGAGGUGAGCUCAUAUGCCGCCUCGCAUACCUACGCCAUCUCUCCUCUGCGCUGGAACCGAUUGCACAUCGCUUUCAUCACGGCGAUAUGUCGAACUUCUGACUAACGAUCUCCUUGGUCUGUCCUGAUGCAUAUCUUCAGAAUUAUAUGGCCCUGAUCCGAUGAUGUUCUCUGCCAUAGAAUACUCACCAUGCGUGCAACUUGCUUUUCUCCUGCUCGAUUUCGGACCCCCUUGGUUGAUGGAUGAAGUAGAAACAGACUCCAACCUUGUAAAGCAACAUAUGUUCUCAUCUUUCCAGCCAUCAUUGCUACCGAUCCUGGCAUCACAUCUCGAUGCAACUCGCCUUCUGGCCAUUGCCGGCAAGCUGCUGCCCCUGAAGUAAACUUUGAGAUCUCUUUUCCGUGCGUAGGGUACUCCUCCUCCGGCUGCUCUGAAUCUUUCUUCAGAAAAAUCAGCACUCUGAGACAAGCCUCGCGCGCUCCGGCUCGGCCUCCUCCGCCCGUGCGUAUUCACGUCGGGCUCCCUCGUGCACGCCUACCUCCGCUUCGGCCGCGUCUCGGAGGCCUACGGGCUGUUCGACGAAAUGCCCGAGCGGAACCUGCCCGCAUGGAACGCGAUGCUGUCCGGACUGUGCCGCAACGCCCACGUGUCAGAGACGGAGAAAGGGUCGUCACCAUGUUCCAGGAAGGCUACAGGGCUUUCCAGGUCGCCUUCACCAAGAUCAUGGAGAAGAAGCUCGGCGACAACCCAUUGGGUCCAAUUCUGUGAGCGGACAAGAAAUUGGUCGACGCCAAGUUGGCCGAGGAGGCGGACGAGCACAAGUCCAAGGGAGAGGCCCGCAAGGAGAAGCGCAUUGCUGCGCGGAAGGGUCAUAAAAUACAUGAGAAUGCUAUUGACAACAAAGAAAAGAUGCUUAUCAAGGUUGCAACCCAAGUUGUUGUCAGGUUGUUCAAUGAGGAAAAUAUGCUAUGGCACGAUAGUUGUUUCUGAAGACUUAGGACAGGGCUCCAUGAUACCUCUCCCAUAUGGCAAUAUAUGGCAACUCUCAUACUCAUCAUACUCGGUUCAAUUCUCUGUAUAUAUUCGCGGAAGAGAUUUUCUUAGUUCAAACUGCAAUUAGUUCCACACUUACUUACCUACUAUGGGCUUAUUUGAUUCAAAGGGUUCCAUUAGGGGUUUGGAGGAUUUGAAUCCUUAGGAAGUCUUCUGGUGUAGGUUAUUUGAUUAACUUUAUUGAUCCUUAAAAAUUGGGACCUAUUGGUACAUUUAGGUUCUUUCCUAAAUAUCCCCUUGCACUCUAUUUUGUAUAUACUUAGGAAAAAAUCGUAUUAGCUAAUUGGUAAGUCUUAAAAUUUGUUUUUCCU